GUGUGAGAGGAGGACACCGAUUGGUUGAAGACAUGUGGGAGGCGUGUCGUCAUGUAAACGUUAUCGUCCUACAGGAAAACGAGCCCGUCGUUUAUUUCUCUGAAGACGAAACACUUUUCUUAGCUUAAUAAAAUAUAUCAAGAAAGACCUAGGCCUUACCAACAGCUUCUCCAUCUUCCUCAGCACUGGCUCAUGGGUUGAUGAGCGGCAUGUCAUGCAGAGAAGACACAGCAGCAACACGGAUGGCAUGCCCGGUGAAAGGAGCCGUAGCCAAACCCUGGGAUCAGAGAGCAGCCUGGACGAGGGUUGUGUGUUCGACUGUCUGAAGCCCGACUCCCCCGUCUCCCCCCAGCAGCUCUUCUCCGGUCUGGUGGGCGUCCCCACCAGCUCCGUGUCCGCCGCCCCCUUCCAGGCCGCCAGCCUAGUGCUGGGCUCCCCCCCGGACGUCUUCAUCCAGAUGACCACCUCCUCACGGGAGGACGGCGGCACCCCACAUCGCUCUGACGGCGGCGGCUCUUACAUGGUUCCUCGCCCGCCGCAGCCCCACCACUUCCACCACCACUUCCACCACCAGCAGCCGCUGCAGCACAGGACCUCGUCCCUGCUGCAGCAGGCCGCGGCGUCGGCCGGCCCUGAGAGGCAUGGCUCGGGCCGGGAGGAGGGCCAGGCGGAGGAGCAGUCCACUCCUGCGCCGGCGCUUUCGGAGCUGAAGUCUGUGGUGACCUGGCUACAGAGGGGCUUCCCCUUCAUCCUCAUCUUGUUGGCUAAAGUCUGCUUCCAGCAUAAGCUAGGUAUUGCUGUAUGCGUGGGGAUGGUCAGCACAUUUGCCUUUGCCAAUUCCAGAUUCAAGCACCAGGUGUCAUUACGGGAGGAGCGCUCUGUGUUGGUUGCUCUGUGGAUCAUUGUGUUCUUGAUGGGGAACAUCGUGUAUCUCUAUUAUACAUUUGGUGAAGAGGAGCUGUACAACAGCCUCAUCUUCGCUAAGCCCAACAUCGACAGCUUUGACUUCUUCCAUCUGAUCUGGGUGGUGGGCAUCACAGACUUUGUCCUCAAGUACUGCACCAUCAGCCUGAAAUGCUUCAUCCUCUUCCUUCCCAGGAUCUUCCUGGCCUUCAAGUCCCGAACUUGCGGGCCUUCCAGAACCCACCCACCAGACACUGUGUUCACCUUCCCCCAGGAGGGAAAGUUCUAUCUGUUGGUGGAGGAGCUGAGCCAGCUGUUCCGGGCCCUGCUGCCCAUCCAGCUGUGGUACAAGUACAUCAUGGGAGAAGACCCCUCCUCUAGCUACAUGCUAGGGGCCAUGCUCAUCAUCAUCUACAGCCUGUGCAAGUCCUUUGACAUCUGUGGUCGACUGUCGUCCAUUCGCAAGGCCUUGGUUAUCCUCUGCAGUGCUCAGAGUUUUGGUGUGCGGGCCAGCAGCCAGCAGUGUGGUGAGGCUGGGGACGUCUGUUCCAUCUGUCAGAAUGAGUUCACGGACCCCCUGGUGCUUCAGUGCCAGCAUGUUUUCUGUGAGGACUGCCUGUGUCUCUGGUUCGACCGGGAGAGAUCCUGCCCCCUGUGUCGCUCCUCUGUCAUCGAGAGCCUGCGCUGCUGGAAGGACGGCACGACAUCAGCCCACUUCCAGAUCUACUAGGGUUAGCUACUGCUUUAGCAUGUGUACCUGAAAGAUAUACUAGGGUUAGCUACUGCUUUAGCAUGCGUACCCUCCGGAUCUACUACUGUUAACUACUGCUAUAGCAUGUGUACCCUCCAGAACUACUAGGGUUAACUACUGCUGUAGCAAGUUUACCCUCCAGACAUACAAGGGUUAAACACUGCUUUAGCAUGUUUACCCUCAAGAUCUACUAGGGUUAACUACUGCUUAAGCAUGUUUAUCCUCCAGAUCGACUAGGGUUAAACACUGCUUCAUCCUCCAUAUACUUUCUGUAAUUUAGCGUUGUCAAUUGCACCUCAGAUCUGAAGACUACUUUGCAAUGAGGCUGUAAAAUGAAGUCUGGACUCCCUUUGGUCACUAAAGAUCCCACGGCGCUCUCUAACCCCGGGGUCCUGGCCUUAUUCCCACCAAGGCUCUGUCCACAUGGCGACCUAUUCAUCCCUGAUCUCUUAUUGGAUGAUUGCGUUCCUCACCUCUUCACUGUGAGAGCCAGUGUGUGGUGAGCAUUCUGUUCACCUAUGGGCUGCCGACUGCCGUGCAACAAACUAGUAGUGGAGGAGGUCGGAUAUCUCACACGAAGCGCGUUGUGUGCCUAAAAGCGCUAUAUAAAUACAAGUUAAGUCUUCUUAUUGUGGUUAACUACUGCUGUUCAUCCUGCAUAUACUAUCUGUAUCUGUACAUAUUCAUGCAAUUUACGAUCCUCAGCACAAGUUGGGUUGUGGGAUCUAGACCCAACCCAAGGUACGUUUUACUUCUUGUUUGGAACAGUUUUGGUUAUUUGUAAUUAGUAGAUAUUAUAGCAACAGUUUCUUCAAAUAGUGCACUUCAUGACCAAGCACACGUUGAUCAAACGUAUUUACAGACACAAUAAAGAAUGUAUGUUAAGUAUGAGUGUUUUGAUGAAUAUUUAAUAGAAAAGCAUUUACAGAAAUAAAUUAUCCCUUUAAAACCUCCAAUUACCCUGUAAGGGUAUAGAGUAAUGAACAUAACCCUGUUACUUAUUUUUCAUUUUACUAAAUUUUCUUAUGAAAUAUUUAUGAAAGAGUAUAAACACAACGUCGCACACAUUUGGAGGAGAAGAAGAACAUAAUGAGUUUUUCCUCAUGAACAAAACGUACAGAAUAUGCUUCUAAUAAUUAUCUGUUCUAUCACAAUUGCACGUAAAAUAAUUAAGAAAUUACAACAAUCAAAUGUCUUGCAACCAAAUGAACACUCAAUACUGUAAACAAAAACCCCAAGACACGUUCUGGCUGACUGCAUAUGUACAUGAAUUUUGUUUUAUUUGCAGCGGGUCUACAAUAAGUCGAGGGCAAUGCAACACGACGACCUAAUGCAGUCUGCUAAAUGUGCAUUAAGUGCUUUGAAAAUAAAUACAAAUAAUCGAUAAAUAAACACUUCAUAUACGAUUCCCGAUCAGACAAGCCCAGCCCAGCGAAGGUGUUAUCGCCAGUCCAUUCCGUGCAAGGAUGUAUUAUACGAUUAUAGGUAUUAGGUCAGUUAGUAGAGUUAAGUUUUCCCUUCCUUGCAUCAGGGGAGGAUGACAUCAUCGUGUUAUGAAAGUGUCCUACAGAGCCAGUUUGCGAAGACGUCAGCAGCGUUGCUUGGCUUCAGUUGUCAACAUCAG